AUGGAGUUUCAAUCCACUACUGAGAGUUUCAACCCACAGCUUAAUCAAGCUGCAACAUGUCCAUCUUCUUAUGCUAAUGUCCAUAAAGGGGACAUGUCAAAAAUGGGUGGUGCUAUUGGAAAUGAUGUCGAUCAAUGGAAACCUUAUCUUAACACUGUACAAAAUGCACAUUUGAAGAAGCUGGGAGAAUUUAGAAAAUCCCUACCUCCUACUUCUAUGACUGAGAAAACUCGUCAUAGUAAAGUACUUGCAUUUAUGGCUAAGAAAGGACUGCAACAACUUGGUAAUCCUCAUAUUGGGGAAUGUGCAGAAAGAGUUAGGGCAGAUCCAUUGCAUUGUGAAAUAAAGGCUUGGCAAAAUCCUGUCCUUUAUCAUGAGGCAAUUGAUAGGCAUCUUUUUUAGAAGUUACUAUCUGGACCAGUGGGAUCUGAAAUUUCAGAUAAUCACAGAAGUGAUGAUGGUUCUGAUGCUCAUGCCCCAGGCACUGUUGUCGAUGAUGCACUUCGUACAGGUAUUUUAGAGCAAAGUUUAUGUGAAAAUGCUGAAUUGACAACAAGCAAUGACAUUUCUCCAGAAAGCAGUGUACAAUUGCCUGAGAUACAGGUGCAAUUAUUUUGUAUUAUGGGAGUAGAAAGCCUUGCAAAAAACAAGUUAACACAUGCCUUGAAAAUUCUACCAGCUAUAACUCCACAUUCUCAAAAAUCUGGGUGUGGUUUAGCUUACCUGGCAAGGAGCAUUACAGUAAUGAACACAAACAUCGUAACCGGUUGUCAGUUUGACGUAUUGGCACCCAAUAUGAAGGUGAGACUGACAGACAAAGACUUUGCUACAUUGCCCUUUCAAGAUCAAUUCAGUUUCUCAGGAAUGUUGGUGGAUUAUUCAAUAUAAUUCACAUCAGUAUAGCCGAGCUUUCAGAGUUGCAGGAAUUCUGUAAGCUCUUUUUUAAUCUUUUAGUGUUGUUUUUCCCUGAGUUUGUUAAUAUCACUGUUUGGACAGUUGGAUAUGCCAUACCAUACCAUACCAUACCAUACCAUACCAUGCAAGGAAGCUUUAUAAUGAAUACAGAAUUGGGAUUGAAUACUUUCUCUUCAGGCAAAGGAAUCAAAAGAUGCAGGUAUCAAGAGGGAACUCAUGUUAACUAACAGAUCAACGAGCAGUUCCGUUGGGGGUAAGUGGUGGCAUAUAAUGAAGGCCAAUUAUGUUAGAUCUUUUUAUUUACCUGAACAUCAACCCUCACCACCAACCUACACAUCUCACUUCAACUCACAUACACUAUCUCAUUGUGAGCUUCUAAUGUUCUGCGAUUGUGGUCGAAAGAAAGAUAUUGAGGAUUUGUCUUGUUUUAUAUGUAGUAGUUGCUCCCUUGUUAUUGAUUGUGCCAAGCAGCAAAAGCUCUUACCAGCAGUAA